GGGGAGGGGCAGAGGGGGAGAGAGAGACAGACAAGUAGACUCCCUGAUGAGCACAGAGCCCAGUGGGAUGAGGGGCUGGACACCCAGGACCCUGAUCUCAUGACCUGAGCUGAAGUCAGACGCUUCACCGACUGAGCCACCCAGGUGUCCCGCCAAAGAUUUGCUUAGAGAGAAAUUUAUAAUCUCAAAUGUGUACGUUAAGAGAAAGGAGGGAAGGAAGGUGAAAACGCAGAAAACCAAUGAUUUGAGUAUCUAAAGCAUCCUGAAAAAGAGAAAGAGAUUAAACCCAACUAGAAAGAAGAAGUGAUGAAAAGCCAAUGAAAAAAACGCACACUAGAAAUCAACAGGCUAACAGCUGGUCCUUCAGAAAAGACUAAUAAAAAUGUAGCUCUCGUGCACUGCUGAUAAGAAACAAACAACAAAUACAGGAGAAACAAAUCACGAAAACCAGGAGGGAAGGGAUCCCGCAGGUAUUAAAAGAAUAAUAAAGAGGAUAGUUUGAAAAACCUUAUGCCAGUAAAAUGGCAAGUGUACACAAAACGGACAAAAUCCUAAGAAAACUCAAAUGACCAAAAGUGAAACAAAAGGAGGAAUAUCUGAAUAAUGCUUCGUCAAAGAUAUUUAAUCUGUAAUCAAACUUCCCACAGAAACACACACACACAUUCCCAGGGUCAGAUGGCGUUUACAUAGAUGUUACCGCAUACACGCACAAUCAUAAAACGCUUAUUGUAAAAAUCUGAGGUUUUCUGUCACACUUUACUAAAAUGUUUAGAAUGGAAAGAGCAGGAAAGCAGGCUGGGGAGGUGCAAGGACAUCUGCAGGCCACAUUCGGUGGGAGGCAGGGAGGUGACGUGGCCACACCAGGGUGUUAGGAUCCUCCCGGCACCCCCGGGGGCUGACGGCUCCGAGGGCACAAGUGAGGAUGGUGGGUGAGGCUGGCGCCUGCGGUGGAGCGCACAGAGGGGGACCGGCAGCAGGAGACCAAAAUGGCAAUUCGAGGGGCAGGUGGACAGACGGUGUGGAGCUCGGGAAGGGCGGGGAUUUCCGGGAGGGCAGGGCAGGCCUUCGGUGUGCAUAAUUCCCACCGGGUUCUCCCAGAGAAGCUUUCCCUGGCCACCACCACCCCCAAGAAACCGCCAACCAAGCGGACCAGCUGGAACAUGCUGAAAUGUGCCUAUAUGAUGGUCACCUUCUUGUUUGUGUCCUACAACAAAGGAGACUGGUGUUACUGCCACUACUGUACCACAGAAGUGGACAGCAGGACCGACCCCUGCUGCUCUUUCUAGCGACCCUGCUCCAGCUCAGCUCAGCUCAGCGGUCGCCAGUCCUUCACUGCUCAGUAGUCUCACCUCCUGAGAAGCCUGUCUGCCCCAGACAGCCAGCUUGGAGGGUAACGAACUGGGGUCCUCUGAGGAUGACACUUGCCUGCCCAGAGGCACUGCGGGAAGGCAUCCCUGAGGGCCCAGGGCGAGUGAGCACCCACAGGGGUCUCUCCACAACUGCUCUCCCUGGCCUUUCUCAACCUCCCCCACUGUUUCUCUAAUUAAACCUACACUAGUUGAAGCGGCUGAAGGCUCAGUUCUUCCAUUUGUGGGGGGCAAGGGUGCCAGGAAUCAUAUAUAACCAAUUCUGGCGACAACCUAUCAGGAACUUCUGUUAUGCUGCCCACUUUAUAGGCGAAGAAACUACAGCCCAGAGGGAUUGACGAUUAGUCCAAGGUCACACAAAUGACAGCGCUGAGGUCUGACCCAGGUUUGACUCAUUACAAAGUCUAUUUUUUUUUUUUUUUUGUAAAAACAUUUAGGUCCCCCAACUGAGGAAAGAGGGAUCUGAAGAUGUAGUGACCGCAAGACUAGGCCAUGUCCCAGCUGUCCAGCCUGCGUGCUUCUUUGCCCGUAUUAUAUUUGAGGAUGUCCAUGGUCCUGAUUGAGAGCUUGGGCUCUAACAAGGAGACAGGUUUCUUGAGUGUAAAUUCCAGCUCCCCCCCUUACUGGAUUGCAACUUUAGGGAAGUUUUUGUCAUCAAUGCCUCAUUUCGUCAUCUGUAAAAUGGGGGUAUUGACAGAGUAGAAGCCCUCCUAUCAUUAUAAUCAGGACCAGCCAUUGGUUGGUUCAUAAAAAAGUUCAUUAAAAUAGGCAGUUGAGGGGGCACCUGGAUGGCUUAGUACGUGAAGCGUCUGCCUUCGGCCCAGGUCAUGAUCCCGGGGUCCUGGGAUGGAGUCCUGCACGGGGCUCCCUGCUCAGCGGGGAGC